GACUGACGCAUCUGCUCAGAUUUCAUUGGAAGAAGAAUACGAGUGAUUCUUAAAAUGGUGAGCAUUUCUUAAAGAGGGAUUUAUAAUUUAAAACCAGAACUGUGGAAACUACCGAUGCAUGAAGAAACAAUGAAACAUGAAUUCCCAAAAGGAGAAUAUGCAUUCUUCACCAGCAAGCUGCACAAGGGUUUAACCACGCUUUUUCUAUACUGCUCAUUAAAUAUCUUAUUUGUCAUAAUGACUAAUGGAUAUUUUUCUCUCAAUUUUAUGAUCUGUUAUGUAUUCUCCUUAAAUGAAAAUAAACCAAAUUAGGUAACUCAUGGUUACUGUCAAAGCACACGAACUGGAUUUUAUGAUGUACAGCAACUUCUUUGACUAAGCCAUCACUCAAAAGUAACGAGCAGGAAUAUUACAGAAAGAGAUGCGCAACUGUAACUAAAGGAUGUCUACAUACACUCCGAACGCAGAAGGCAGAUAUUCUUCUUUUUUCUUUUUUAAACCUGGAAAAUAAAAGCAGGCUGCUACAAAAUGCAAGAGGGGAAAGAAAAGAUUAACAUCACCUAGAAGAAGGUUUGUCGUUGCUGGCCUGGAACUCGGCACAGACGAAGUAUCUCAGGCAACUGAGGAGUCCCCAUGUUUAAUCAAAAUUUUCUGCUGCUGAAGUGCUGGAGCAAAAAGAGGAAAAAAAAAUCUGCAAGGAAUGAAAUAAGAGCCCAGCUAGCACUUGGUUUCCAGGUGACAGUGCAUGUCAAAUAUCUGCCGGUGACACCAUGUAUCAAUUUAUGACAAGCUGCUACAAGGAGCUGAAAGACCCUUGAGGCGCAGGAAGCAGGAGAAAAAGCAACUGCAACAAAAGAAUGUGUUUCUCCCCUAUUCUGGAAGGCAACAUGCAGUUUGAAUCUAACUUCACAGUUCGAGAUGCCAUUGAUGACAUCGACACCAACAUGUACCGACCACUGUCAUACGCAUUAAGCUUUCAAGUGUCUCUCACUGGAUUUUUGAUGUUAGAAAUUGUUUUGGGACUUGGCAGCAACCUCACCGUGCUGGUACUUUACUGUAUGAAAUCCAACUUAAUCAAUUCUGUCAGUAACAUAAUUACAAUGAACCUUCACGUACUUGAUGUAAUAAUUUGUGUGGGAUGUAUUCCUCUAACUAUAGUUAUCCUUCUGCUUUCACUGGAGAGUAACACUGCUCUGAUCUGCUGCUUCCACGAGGCUUGUGUCUCUUUUGCAAGCGUUUCGACCGCAAUCAAUGUCUUUGCUAUCACUCUGGACCGAUACGACAUCUCUGUCAAACCUGCCAACCGAAUUCUGACCAUGGGAAGGGCUGUGAUACUAAUGACAUCAAUAUGGAUCAUUUCGCUUUUUGCCUUCCUAAUUCCUUUCAUUGAAGUCAAUUUCUUCAGUCUUCAAAGCGCAAGUACUUGGGAGAACAAGACACUGCUGUGUGUCAGCGCAAACGAGUACCACACCGAGCUAGGGAUGUACUACCACCUCCUCGUCCAGAUCCCAAUCUUCUUCUUCACCGUGGUAGUGAUGCUAAUCACGUACACCAAAAUACUCCAGGCUCUUAACAUCCGAAUCGGCACAAGAUUUACAACGGGACAAAAGAAGAAAGCUAGAAAGAAAAAAACUAUUUCUCUCACCACACAGCACGAGACCACAGACAUGUCGCAGAGCAGCGCAGGAAGAAACGUGGUCUUUGGCGUAAGGACUUCUGUGUCUGUGAUCAUUGCCCUGCGCCGAGCUGUGAAGCGGCACCGGGAGCGGCGAGAGCGGCAGAAGAGAGUCUUCAGAAUGUCCCUCCUGAUCAUCUCCACCUUUUUGCUCUGCUGGACACCCAUCUCCGUUCUAAACACCACAAUCUUGUGUUUGGGCCCAAGUGACCUUUUGGUAAAGUUGCGCUUGUGUUUUCUAGUCAUGGCAUACGGAACAACUAUUUUUCACCCUCUACUUUAUGCAUUCACGAGGCAAAAAUUUCAGAAAGUUCUGAAAAGUAAGAUGAAAAAACGAGUUGUUUCAAUCGUGGAAGCAGAUCCCAUGCCAAAUAACGCUGUCAUACACAACUCGUGGAUAGAGCCUAAAAGGAACAAAAAGAUCACCUUCGAAGACAACGAAGUAAGGCAGAAAUGUUUAGUACCUCAGGUUGUCACUGACUAGACUUCAGUAUUCACCAAAACACAUCGAGGAACAUUUGAACAAAUCGUAGAGAAAUACUGCCAAAUACGAAAAACAUUUUUUAACUAUUGGCUAGACUGUACAUUUUCCAAUAUCUGUGUUAAAUAGAGUAGGUCUUGUAUAUUCGAUUUCUUCAUUAUGUAAGAUAUCUGUUGCAUGGCCGUUUGUUAGCGUAACACCACGUGUAUAUUUGUCAGAAAUACUCAAGUCCUCUUUUUUAGAAAAUAAAUAGCCUUAAAGAAGUGCAAACUUUUGAAAAUAUUUGUACGGCUCAGUU